CAGGUAGUCCAGGCUCCAGUCGUGACCGUUUGUUUCGAGACACCUUCGCUAAUUUUCAGCUUCAGAAUCUGUUUGACGAGUUCGAGUUCCGAUACCUCCCACCAUUGUUCCUCAGAUAUCGCCGAGCCCCGUGGUCGUGUUGUGUGCGCUGUCCUUCCCCUGCUAGAGAGCUUCAUGCGCCCCGCGCCGGUAGCUCCAACAGGUUCUAAAUCUUACUCUUCGAUGCCUACGACGACUGAUAACGACCUGGACCCUUGAAGGGCUCAGGGGGAAAGGUUACUUCUGGAAUGAACCCGUGAUUAAACAAUCCACACAAUGGCCUCAAUACCAAGAAGAUACCGGUCGUCCACUUCGGCCUCGAACCCUCCGAACAGCAAGUCCUUCGAAAUAAUAAAGGGCUUGCUCGAAGCUCUGAAUCUCGAUACGACUUUACACAAGCAAGACGGAUACCCUCAAAUACCGCCAUUGUUACGGAAACUCCGACAUAUUAUACAGCAUAUUUCUGCGACGCACUCGGCCGUCCUUCAAGAUGACUUUCGACAUGCCGACGGCUUCCAAACCAUCCUUAAUCUGCUGCGAGCCUUUUCAGGCUACUACGACCCCGAUAAGCGAAGCGAUGCGGACAUGCUUGCUCUGUUCAAGCUACUAGGAGACUGCCUCAACCUGCUCUCGGGGGCACUGCGCGGACAUUCUGGAAACCGACGGUUUUUUCGAUAUCGAGUCGAGGGAGGCGGCUGGGAGGCUUUAGAGCAAGUUAUCGCAAGCAUAGGACUCGGCGGGGCUGAGCCUGAUGCCUGGAUAAGUUGCCAUGUCUUUGGCAAGCUGCUCGCCUUUUCCCUCGACGACGAAGCACUCGAUCUUCUAUGUCAAUCAAUCGCGAAAUCACUACGACCCGACGACGAGAAUUCUCCAAAAGAAGAAGAAGAAGAAGAUAGCGCUGAAGAACAAUGGGAUCUUGUGCUGGCCAAAUCUGCCGAGAAUAUUACACCUGGUGUGAAGGAGGUUGUCAAUGCCAAGACCAUAAUACGGCAUCCUGAAAUUCUGAGAGCAGUUGUCAGCUUCUGGAUGGCCAUUCCCCGAAUGAAAGAUGGCCUCGCAAAUCCUGCCUCUCUACUCGUCCUGGAGACAAUUAACAAUAUUAUCGCGGUUUCUAUAUAUAAUCGGGCUGCCGUCCAUUCGACGGGUGCCUUAUCGCAGUUCCUACGGGUCGCCUUUAAUGCCGACUCAGCACUUAGCCCGCCUGAGCGAGAAAAGGUUCUGGGGAUUUGCAAAAUGCUCAUGUUUUUGGGUGUGAAUGAACCUGCCGAUACACAAUUCCUUCUAUCAAGGCCUGGCUCUGAAGCGUCCGAGUUCUGCUUACAGAUGACAUCGAAACAUUCCGGUCCCCCAUUCUUCCAAUUCGACCUCUCAUUGCACGGCCAUUCGUCCCUUGAGUUGUCGAGUCUUGGUCGAUCGUUCCCACCGCAGUCUAGUGCAGGUUACACAUUUACAGCUUGGAUUCGAGUAGACAGCUUCGAUCCUACUGCACACACAACAAUAUUUGGUGUCUUUGAUUCCACACAAGCAUGUUUUCUGCUGAUGUAUCUUGAGAGGGAUACUCACAACUUUAUCCUUCAAACAUCUGUUACCUCCAACAAACCCAGUGUCAGGUUCAAGUCUGUUUCGUUCAAGGAAAAGAAGUGGUACCACAUUGCUAUUGUGCAUCGCCGACCAAAGGCAUUAGUUACUAGCAAAGCGUCACUCUAUGUGAACGGUGAAUUCUCAGAACAAAUUCGCUGCAACUAUCCCCAUCUUCCGCCCUUGUCAACUGGUGCACAUGAUAGCUUUGCCUCAUUCAACUCGAACCAGAACAAGACGAACCCAGUGCAGGCGUUUAUUGGUACGCCGAAAGACCUCUCGAAUCAAAUAGGCCCUGGACUUGUGUUCUCGCGCUGGUCACUUGCUUCGGCACAUCUGUUUGAAGAUGCUUUGAGUGAUGACUUUCUGGCAGUUCACUAUGGUCUUGGCCCACGGUAUCAGGGCAACUUUCAGGAUAGCUUGGGAGGCUUUCAAACCUAUGAGGCAUCAGCCACCUUGGGACUCAGAAACGAGAUUGCACAUCCUGGGAAGGGCGAGACCUCGGACAUUAUUAGGGCUGUCCGCGAGAAAGCAGGCUCAUUGUUACCAGAAUCCAAGAUUCUCCUCAGCAUCCUUCCUUCAGCCACGUUCCCAGAAAAUGUGCAAUUCUAUGACACAGGGCUAUUGAGGUCGCUGCCGCGAAACUGUGCUCGCAAUCUCUUCCGAGCAUCAAACCAAGAAGGUGCCCCUCUAGCGAUCAACUGUGCCGUGCCAAGUCUUCCGGACUCAUUGUUCAGAGUUCAAGGUCUUCUGCAAUUCCGAGGCAAUCCUAUCGUCGCUGUGCCAUCGUACCUAGAUGAGAACCUGUGGCGGCUUGCUGGUUUCACUCCACUGGCCCUGAAGCUGUUCGAGCGAGCAUCAUCGAUAGAAGAGACAGUGAGAGCCGCGGAAAUGUUGUUUUACUGUAUUCGCCAGAGCUGGAGGAACAGUGAAGCUAUCGAAAAGGACAAUGGAUACGGCAUUUUGGCGAUGCUUCUCCGUGUGAAGCUGGGGUACGACCGCAGCAGUGGCGACUCAACUGUUACCCGACUCCAGGUUUCUAACGAGGACCGCGAUCGGCUGGCGUUUCAACUACUGAGUCUCAUCCUUGGCUUCGUUGGAUAUAACCAUACAGAGCCAAUGGAAUCCUUCAUCAUCAACCCCCUUGCUUAUCGCAUCUUGCUCAUUGACCUGGACAUCUGGCGAAAGUCGGCGCCUCGAAUCCAAGAGCUUUACUAUAAACAGUUCGUAACAUUCGCAGUUAAGAGCAAGUAUCACGAAUUUAAUAGUCGAAGGCUGAUAAGGAUGAGAAUUGUCAAGAGGCUGCUCGAUGCCAUGAAAGGAGAGGUCGUUUCAGAAGACACGAUAUCUCACUUUAUGGGCGCUUUCGAAGUCCUUGUUGUGUCCAACUUUAGCCAAGAGGUCAUGCGAUCGCUGUCGCUUUUCAUCACAUACGCCUUCCACUCACAACCUUCAUCUUUACCACGAACUCCACGACCUCUUUCAGCCAUAUCUAGAUCAAGCACUCCAGUUCCACGACGGCGAGGCACACCAACUGAUCCCACUGCGGCUGCUAUCGCUUCUGGUCUGAAAUUCUUGACUAAGAAGCAGCUUGGUGUCAAGGUUCUUAGCAUGUACUCGCGCAUUCUAUGUGAAAAGGGCAACACAACGCACAUCAAGAAGUUUGCUCGGACUGUAACAAAUAAGUGGCUCCUUUACUUGUUGGCUGAAGACGACCCGGAAGUUGUCGUUCAUGGCUGUAAGAUCCUGGCUCGUCUUCUGGUCACCCAUGGCUCAAACUAUACCUCGAAAUUCGCCGGAAAGUCGGGAGGCUUCAUCAUCAUGUCAAACAGAUUGAAGCGAUUCUGGGACAUGCCGACUCUAUGGCCCGUUUGCUUCAGCAUCUUGUUUGGCUACGACGUCGCCGAGAUCAAUUUUGACAGAAACUUUGACUUCUUCAGCUUGCUGGAGACGUUUGGAAAGCGAAAGGUCGUAUACCCCGACUCUCUGUCUGUCAUCACUGCAAUGCUGCAGCACGGUCUGAAAGAUGUGAUGAGACAUCAGGAUGAUCCAGACUCGCCGGCAACCCAUAUCGACCCAUCUUUUGCGCUUAAGAAGCACGCAUCAUCUACUGAACUACGCCCGCGAGCAAGCUCCAUGAACUUGGCCACUGCCCUUGAGACGCGCUCCAACUUCUCGCGAGACAGUGAACGAGUUGCAAGCUAUGCUAGUGUUCUACAUACAGUCAUUCGCUUCCUUUCGGAUCUCCAUGCACGUUCAACCGAAUUCAGGGACUUUGCUUUGAACUCGGAGUGGGUGAGACUGUUGCUAUCAGCACUCUACCCAGUCAUCGUUAGUGCCGAUGCGGUGACGCCCGAAACCGAGUUGAACUCUGGCGAUACGGCUCUCACAUUUGAGGGAACUGAUGUUAUCAUUCGUCCAAUUAGUGGUAGUGCCUCAAAUGCCACGCCUAUAGUGCGAACAACAAGCGUGGAUCCAGUACCCUCGCCUCAGUCAACACCACCAAAGGGCACACCACUGCGAAGAGCCUCGUCGUUUAUCCUACUCACCCAACAAAAGUCACCAGUCGGACCCAGUCCAGCUCGAUUGAACCCAGCGCUGCCUUCAUUGAGAUCAGUACCAAGCAAGAAGCCUAGUAGCGAUAUCUUGGAUGGACUCUUGGAGCUGGUGGUGAAUGUCUUUAUGGACCAGCUUCUCGCACGGAAAGAUUUCCCAGGGUUCGGCCUGUUUACUAAAGUCCCUCCUGGGUUCCGUGAGCACCAAGCGUACUUUGAGUCUUACAUAUUGAAGCAUGUGAUUGCUCAAUUGACGAAUAAUGUUCAGCUCAAUCAGAAAGCAAUCUGCGAGCCUCGUGUACUGACCAACCUUUCUCGGUUCUGCACACAUAUGUCAGAGGCCAUCUUUGAGGGAUGGUUCAUGAAUGGCGCCGAAGCUAUGAUUGACUUUGUUGGCAUGCUUCUCGAAUUUCUGCAGCGUCCGGACAUCUCGAACCUCAAGAGUGUCCGACUUUGCAGCCAGGCUGUCGCUACAAUCCGAAGCUGUUUACUGAGGAUCAUUCUUCUGAGGUUAUCGGAUCUUGACAACCAAGAGACCACUUUGGUGGAGGCCAAGCAGUUUAUGGACAAGAUGGUGUACUGGCAGAUGUCAAUUCUCGGUUGCUUUACCAGCGAGGACGAGUUCCUUAAACUCUUCUGGUACCAGCUCUACACGAAACUCAUUGGCGACAAGAUGCCCCUUCGUAUUGCGGCAGCUAACUUCUUACGCAUUAUCUUGGUGCAGAAGCCAGAGGAAUCUGCUACGCUGAUCCGCUCUUGCAUGUCGCCAGACCAAAAGCAGCUUUCGAAGGACUUUCAGAAGUUGACAGGUGUGGAUGAUGAAUCAUUCGUUGACUGGGUUGAUAAGCACCGCCCAUCACUAGAUGUUCUCUUCUUUGGCGGCAUGUCCAAAACAUGGGAGGAUUUUGUCAGUUCAGAAAAUGUGCGGACUUCAGAGACAGCCAAAGUUCGUCUCGCCAAGCGCAAAGAUAAACUUAGAUCUUUGCAUGCGGAGAGCAUCAGCACAGAGAAGAUUCUCCUCAGUCACGAUAUUGGUAACAGCGCUUGGAUGAAGAGCAUCUACAACUCUGAGUACUUCAAGUAUCAGCGACUCAUGCAGGACCAACAAGAUGACCUAGUAUUCCUAAGCGCGGCUUACACCAAGAUGGAGCGGGAUCUUAUGAGGCCUGGCGCGGUGUUCAGUGAGGCAGCUACACCCAAGUGGAAGCUUGACCGCACAGAAGGACGAAAUCGAAUGAGGCUCAGGGUCCUUCCGGAUUUUACAUUCAGUAAGGAUGAGUAUCAACCGAAGAGAAAGGCCAGUGAGGUACUGCAGACUCUCCGGAUCAAUACGUCGGCCAGUCCAGCUCCUUCGAUCCAGGCUUCCGCUGUGACGCCAACGAAGCCAAGCGCUGCAUCGGCUUUGGAUGGCAAUACUGAACAGCCUCAAUUCACAGAGGAGCCAGAAUCCACCGAGCCAGCCGAGCAACCCAGCUCCGGUGUUGCGCCCGAGGAUGAUUUUGAGCUUGUGGACGACCCUAAUGAUCCCAACGAAGGAGACGAAGGUUUCGAGGACAAGAACCGCAAAGUGAUGCGACGAUUGGAGCGUGGAGACCAGGUCCAAUCUGCGUACAAUAUCUCACGCAUCAUUGGCCUGGAAGCAUGUGAAGGAAUCCUCAUAAUAGGCAAGGAUGCCCUUUACAUAAUGGACAACGUGUUCCAGUGUGCCAACGGUGACAUCGUCAAUGUCUGGCAGGCUCCCCCUGAAGAGCGCGAUCCUUUCUCUCAGAUUGUCACGGACGCUAAAACUUCUGAGAAGCGACAGAACAAUAAGGAGCAGGAAUCGAGGCAUUGGCGAUGGCAGGAUGUUAUUAGCAUUUCCAAGCGUCGGUUCUUGUUCCGAGACGUUGCGAUUGAGGUGUUCUUCACUGACGGUCGAAGCUAUCUCUUGACUACGAUCAACCCUGUGGUGCGAGAUAACCUGUUCGUGAAAAUGCUCAACAAGGCACCUCACACAAGCGGCGCAAACACGCUUCCGAACCCUGAAGAUGCUUGGCGCCUGGAGUCUCUCAAGGUCUUUGACGAGUCGCCUCAAGGAUUUGGAUCCAAGUUUGGCACAUUCUUUAACUCAUCGCCAUGGAACCCUCUCCUUAAGAAAUGGCAAAAGGGCGAGAUCUCCAACUUCCACUAUCUUAUGAUGGUCAACACUAUGGCUGGCAGGACGUUCAACGAUUUGACUCAAUACCCAGUCUUUCCGUGGGUUCUGGCUGAUUAUACAAGCGAAGACUUGGACCUUGAUGACCCUAACACCUUCCGCGACCUGUCAAAGCCAAUGGGUGCCCAAACACCGAACAGAGUGGGAGGCUUUGUCGAGAGCUACAAUGCGUUGGCAGAGAUUGGGGAAAUACCAUUCCACUAUGGCACACACUACUCUUCUGCCAUGAUUGUCUCAUCAUACCUGAUCCGUCUACCGCCAUUCGUCCAAUCGUACAUACUGCUGCAAGGUGGAAGCUUCGACCACGCCGACCGUCUGUUCCAGUCAAUCCCAGAAGCCUGGAAAUCAGCAUCUUGCAAAAACAAGGCUGAUGUGAGAGAACUCAUUCCUGAGUUCUACUGUCUGCCAGAAUUCCUGACUAAUGUCAAUGGCUACAACUUUGGCAAUCGUGAGAGCAACGGCGUUAAGGUCGACCACGUUGAGCUUCCGCCAUGGGCCAAAGGGGAUCCUCGAAUCUUCAUCGCCAAGCAUAGAGAGGCGCUUGAAAGUCCGUAUGUGAGCGAGAACCUACACCAGUGGAUUGAUCUGGUAUUUGGCUAUAAGCAACGAGGUGAAGCUGCUGUGGAAAACCUUAAUGUGUUCCAUCAUCUUUCGUACCGUGGUGCGACAGAUCUGGACAGCAUCACGGAUGCCAAGGAGAGAGCUAUUCUAGCGGGCGUCAUUCAUAACUUUGGACAGACCCCUCAUCAAGUGUUUAUGAAGUCGCAUCCUGCUCGAGAACACGUUAAGAGUCCAGUUAGACGAUUAGACACAAGCGUGUUUUCGUUGGGCUGUCUACCACAUCCACUCCUUGAAAGUCACGAACGUGUAGCUUCACUCAUCCACGCCUCCAAACUCGACCGCUUGCUGUGUGCUUCUCCCUUCCGCCUCAACUUCCCACCAUACGACAAGUUCCUCGAAUGGGGAUACGCCGACAACAGCAUUCGCUUCUUCUUCAGCGACAACCGAAAGCCUGCUGGACUCUUUGAGAACCUUCACAUCGGCCAGAUCUCUUGUGCUUGUUUUGCCGACUCCAAAACCUUGAUCACUGCUGGAGAGGAUUGUGUUGUUUCGGUAUAUGCACUACAGACUUUACCUGGAAAGCCGGUUGAGUUACUGCCGAGGUCUAGUCUUUUUGGACACAAGUCGCCUGUCACAACGAUUGCAGUCAGCAAAGCAUUCAGCACGCUUUUGACUGUUUCUGCAGAUGGACAAGCAUUCUUGUGGGACCUGAACAGACUGUCGUUCAUCCGAAAGCUGCCAUUGGUGCGACCUGUUGAAUGUGCACGUAUCAACGACAUUUCGGGUGAGAUUCUUCUCUGCUCUGGGCCCAACGUGAUACUCUACACCCUCAACGGCACACUACUUCUUGAACAGAAUGUCUGUUUCGAGCAGGAUGACUAUAUCCACUCAUGCGCCUUUUACGAAGGUGCUGGCAACGAGUGGCUUGAUAAUUACUUGAUCUUCACAGGCCACAAGCGCGGCAGAGUCAACGUCUGGCGACGCAGCAUCGUGGGCAGCCGAUGGACGCUUGAGCUCCUCAGAAAGCUUGACCAUGUUGACUAUAAGAAUGACAAGGGUGCCAACACAGAGGCAGGCAUAACGUGCAUAAGUCCAAUGCCAACAUGCGUCUACACAGGUGAUGAUGACGGUCGAGUUGUAAGUAUCUCCCACUUCCCUCAUAAAUCCUCAAACUAACGAGUUCUAGUACGAAUGGAACCUACUGAGCAGGGAGAGAUAGAGUUUUUCCCUACCGAAUCGGACAUCAGUUCGAUAUGACCACCGGCAUAGCCUCGUAUGAUUAAAGAGAAGGAUGAUAUUCUGUUUCUUGGCUUCUUGCACAUCGCUGCGGCGUUUCCUGUUUGAUGUUUAUACGCAUGUUUAGAAAAUCAACGACUCGCGCACAUCCUCACACACAUCACACACAUAUAUAGGUAUCGAAAUGUAGACAGCCGGUGGAUGGAUUGAUUGUAGAAAAAUCGAAUUGAAGCGUCAAUUGCUGCUGGAUCUUCUCGUCCCUUUCUUCCUCUAUGAUAUCCCUUCUCUCCCUCGCAUCGGGAAACGCCG